AAAUCUUGAAUUCUCUUCAUUCCUUUAAAACGAGGUAGGUUAAAUCUUCGUUCAAAUUAUUGGAACAGGGAGUAAGCAAAUACAAGUCUUCACGAUAUCUGGUAUGAAACACAAACGAUUUUUACCCAGUUUCGUUUUUCUAAUAAAAUCUUCUGUAAAAUUGUUAUUUAAAAUUUCCAUAAGAUACAGUUCCCAGCGCUAUAUUAAUUCUAUGAUUCUCGGAUCUCUAUUCUACAUCUAUAAAACUGUUUUACGCAAUAGAUGCCUGCAAAAAUUUUCCACGGCCAAAAUCUCAACUUCGUUUGGCUUAAGUAUCAAUUUCAAUGUUGUAGCAUCGAAAAUAUCUUGCAGUGAGAGACCCAAUUUGGGAAUUUGCUGGUACCAUACAAGCCCAUCCUGUGCAAGCCCUAGUCAUCCCAUUUCGAAAUCUUCUGCAUUGUCCUUUAUCUAUUUGCCCAGACUAACCCUAGAAGAAGAGGGACUUAUCCAAAACAUCUGUGCUGCUCUCAUGCGUGACCAAUGGGAUUAUCUGGAACAAUAUGCUUCCCAAUUAAAUAAUGGCCAUUUGGUUACUGGGGUUUUGCAGCAUUUGCUCAGUAAUGCUGAUUUGUCUCUCAGAUUCUUCAUUUGGACUGAGAGAGAAAAGGGCGUCAAGCAUUCAAUCGGGUCAUAUUGUGCCAUUUUGGAAGCGCUGGUUAGAGCAGGUAGAUUUAUCUAUAUAGAGCCAUAUGUUCAUAAAAUGGCUCAAAACAAUACUGAUUCUGUGUUUGAAGUAUUGAAAUCUUUGUUAAAGACAUUCAAAGGUUGGGAUUCUGCUCCCUUCGUUUUUGAUUUACUUUACAAGAGCUACUUAUCGUCUGGUAUGGUGAAAGAAGCGCUAGAGGCCUUUCAUCAGCUGAAAAUUCAUGGAUAUUUGCCAACUGUUCUAUCCUGUAAUAAGAUACUUUCCGGGCUGGUCAAAUUAAAUUGCUUGGAACAUGCUUGGAAAUUUUAUAGAGAAAUGAUACACUAUGAAAUUUCUCCUAGCAGAUAUACUUUGAACAUAAUGAUUAAUUCUCUUUGCAAGUGGGGAGAAAUUGAGAAGGCAAUGGAUUAUUUUAGUCGAAUUGUUGCAAAUGGUUUUGUUCCCGAUAUUGUGACUUUCAAUCCUCUUAUCGAAGGACAUUGCAGUAAAGGCAAUGUGAAGGAAGCUUUGACCCUAUUCAAUGUGAUGUAUAGGAAGGGUUUAAAACCGGAUGCUAUUACUUGCAUUGCACUGAUCACUGGGUAUUGUAAAGCAAAGCAGUUUCACGAGGCAAGGAGGCUUCUAAAAAAAAUGCCCUCAAUGGGUUUGACAGCCAACCUUGCUACUUAUAAUAUGAUAUUAAAUGGCUUUUGUGAGCAAGGAAUGCUGGAUUAUGCUUUCCAAGUAAGGAACGAAAUGGUGGAGAAAGGGUUCGUACCCAAUCUGGUCACUUACACAGCACUCAUACAGAGUCUUUGCAAGAAGGAGAGGACUAGACAAGCAUUGCGGCUAUUGAAAAAGGGCAUUGCUGAAGAUGGUUUGGUGCCCGAUUGUGUUAUUUACACCAUACUGAUUCAUGGAUACUGCAAACAGGGAAAAACAAGGGAAGGCCUUUGGCUGCAGAAUGAAAUGUUGAAGAGAGGGCUCAUGCCAGAUACUAUUACUUACACUGUACUCAUCAAUGGCUUUUCAAAAAAAGGUGAGAUCAAGAAAGCAAAAGUGAUGUUCGAUGAAAUGCUGAAGAGGAAUCUGGUUCCCAAUUGUUUUACUUACACCACACUGAUUUAUGGCUUAUGCAAGAAGGGUGAUUUGUUGGAAGCUUCGGAACUUCUGGAUGAUCUCCGUGGAAAGGGUUUUGCGCUUAGCACCGUUCCUUACAAUGCACUCAUUGAUGGAUUUUGUAAGAAUGGAGAAAUGAAAAAAGCAGAGAGCCUGAAAAAUCAGAUGAUGAAAGAUGGAUUGGUUCCAGAUUCUGCCACAUACAAUAUCCUAAUUGCGGGGCACUGCAAGAAAGGUAAUAUACAGCAGGCCUUACAUUCACUUUCUGAGGCAAAAGAUGGAGGCUUUGUGCCAAAUGCGUAUGGUUAUGAUGUAGUUAUAAAUGGCCUUUGCAAGGAAGGAAACAAAAGAGAGGUGAAGCAGCUCUUCAAGGAAAUGCUUAGCAGAGAUUUAGCUCCCACAAAUGGUACAUGCUCUGCAGUAGUUAGCAGUAGCACGUUGUCUGAACAUAGCAAUAUGGUUGAUGCUUUGGAAGUUCAUGAUGCAAUGGAUGAAAAAUUCUUGUCUGAAGCAGACAACCUUCUAAAUAAACUGGACAAACAAGAUUUUCUUCCUGAUGUCAGUUGCUAUCACUUAUUAGCUAAGGAAUGCUGAAAGCGAGGUAAUUUGUAGGCAUCUAUGAAAGUAUCUAAUGAAGAAUUAGAUGGCGACUCGAGGUCUGAUAAGAGCAGCUUUAACUAGACUCGAAGAAAUGCUAAAUAUGAUUGAGGAUUGAUAUAGGGUAGGAAAACUCUUUGAGAUGCUUCGUAAUUGUGUGCUGCAAUGGUUCAUAUGGGCUCCCUGUUUUAGCUAAUCAUUUACAGUUCUAUUGUUAAUGGCCAGCGAGAGAAAUUAAACAAGUGGAAGGUAGGCUUUAUCUCAGAGGAAAUCAUGAAAAAGCAGUGGUUCCUAAUAUUUCUGCCUAUAUUGAAUUCAUUGAUGGUUUCUCCAAGAAGGGCAAUAUUUAGGAGGAUGUGCAGGUACAUGAUGAAAUGUUGUAAAGGGUUUGACAAUGUAUGCUAAUAUGUCAAGUCAAAUUAUUUUCAUCCCUUAAAUCGGAAUUUUUUUCUUUUUUUGAUAAAUUUCCCUUAAUGGGAUCCCCUGCCUUCAAUGCCAUGAGUGGGGUAUCUCUUUUGUCAAAUUCACUUAAGACUUGCACCUAUUCCACAAUUGAUGUGAUAGUUUAUCAGAUAUCCUGUUCAAACAUUCAACAUUUGUACGCAUUAGCAUGUAACAUGCCUCACAGGGAUUUUAACACGUGUCACCACUGUAGAAUCCUUGAUGAUUACAACUUUAGCUCAUCCCUUUCAGACAAAAAAUCAGAGCAUUUUAACAAUGGUGACCUCUGCGAAAUUCUGCUUCUUACUGCAUCACAUCCUUGAUGCUGACUAAAAGUUACUGCCCGGGUAGAUUUAAUAUGCUUUACUACUGCAUGGUAAAAGAGCACAAAGAUUCUUUAUACCAGUAUGGAGGAUGCUUGACAGAUGCUAUAUUUACUUUUUGGAGAAUGAAUUAGUGUGGAUGCUAAUGACUAAUCAAAGGUCUGUGUUAACAUUGGAAGAUCCAAGCAGCAGGGACCAAUGGCUGAAUGAGAUCAUGUAGACACCGCCGACGGUCAUAGUCUCUUACACAUAGAAUCAGCAUCAUAACAGAUAUCUCUUAUAUAUGAGAUACCAAGCAGAACAAUGUUAGCAUUGGAAGAUCCAAGACUUAUGAAUCAGUGGCUUAGUGAGACCAGACAGACACUGAGUCGUUAAGCUUGUAAAGAGUGGAAAGCUUCGAUAUCAGGAUUUUCUGAUGAGAAUUAUCAUGGAAACAGUUUCUGGUCCAGUGCCAAGUCAGAUUUCUGUUUCGUAUGAAACUCCAUGCAGGAUUUUGUCAGCACUGGAAGAUAUAAGGGAUAAGGACCAAUGACCGAAUGAGACCAGACAAACCCUGGGGAGGUUUUCCUUUAUUCCUUGCAUUCAGGCACAAAGUAUCAUGUUAGGGAAGAAGUAUUGCCUUAGUACAGUUUGAUUUAGCAUGGAAUCAGGGGGAGCUUAAAAAAAUCAGAUUUUUCUAAAAGUGAAUUUGUAAAUAAGGUGAACCUGUACUGAGUUAUUAUAAUUGAACUAAUGGAUAGAGCAAAACUUUAGCAUCAAGUUCUAAUGGGAAUUUGCAGUGGAACUCGGUAUCCAGUGCCACACAAUGUUGCAUUUCUUUUUGAGAUGGGAUUUCAGGUUGAAAUCCGUUGGUUGGAUAAGAUGACUGUGGGAGGCCAGACAGGCACUGAUGAUGUAUUAGCAUCACCAGAAGUGUUUAUUCAUAGUGUAAUUCAAGGAAGUGUAGGAAGAUAUCAAUCUUGUGAUGAGUUGGCAGUUCAUUAAACAGAGUUAAGAAAUGCAAGAUUAUACGACAAUUGAGAGGAAUAAUAGAGUUAUUCAAAGGUUCGAAGGAA